AUGGCUAUCCUUCGUACACCAUGGUCGAUAGCCCGACCGUACUUGUUCCUUCUUAUAAUCAUAGCGACGCUUUCUUCUCCUGCAACAGCCGAUUUAUGCAGUUUCUGGGAUACCGGAUGCGUUGACCCGCUGGCUCAGACCGCCAUCUCUUUUAAAUUUCCUCCUCUCUUCCUUGAACCGAUCAACUUCUACUACGCUUUCGAUGCCGAUGCUCGGGGAAAAGGCCAGGAGCCGAUGACCAAGGCCGGCUUCUGGAUUGGAUAUGAAGCCUACGUCAACAAUUCUGCCAUUGAUAUCAACCGCACGUCUGAGAUUGCGGUGCGCGUGGGAAACCUGACUGGCACACCGUCGGGCGACAACAAUGGAUGUGAUGGCGUGUGGGGGCCUGAUUGCUCCAUGAAUCUCAAAAGUUACUUGCAGCAGACGAUCUUUACUCUUGUCACAAGUGGAAAGUCUUAUGAAGACCCUCUUCGAACGGUGAUCGGUUCGUUCCGUGACAAUCCGCCGCCUGUGGCCAACUGCCCGCCGCCGUUAUUUGAUGUUCAGCGGUUUCCUGUUGAGGAAUUCGCGGUCGAGAAUGAGGAUGACAAGACGGCGGUCAUUAAGAAGACCGGAAAUAGCGACAAUACCUGGUCUACAUUCCUGAUAGAUAAUAUGACGGCCGCUCAGCAAGCCGAACAAGUUGCUGUUGGAAUCAUCAGCCGCACCCCGAUGUAUGGGACGACACAGCCGCGGAGCCAGGAUGAUAUUCAGCUUGAAAUCGUUUGUGCUCAAGCACCAUCUUCGGGAACCUCUUCGAGCGACGACUGAUUACAGAGACUAACGAUGCGAUACACCCUACACAUACUGCACAUAUUCCGCGAACAAAACCAAGUUUGGUCUGUCGGGCAACUGCCCAAACGUAUUUAGCCAUGCACAUGGCUCUCACGCGCCGCUCGAAUUCGACGACGCCAACCGAUGCCGCUUCAGAGCAGCAUCAGCAGCAUUACGAUGCUCCCGCUCGCUCAAGACCUACCAGGAUCCUGCUAGGAGCAGGGUAACCGAAGUCAGCUGCAAAGUCACCCGGACUUCAAACUGACACGACCUGCCAAAGAGGCUAUCGCUAGUCGAAGCCCCAUUCGUAUAUACUUGCAUACUAAUGAUAUG